AUGACAUUAAGUACUUAUUUAAAUGUAUCUUUCUUUUCCACCGUCUCAACUGAUGUUGAACAAGGUUUGAAAUAUCUUUUUUUAAUGAUCAUAUUUGAGAAUAUCACUUCGUAUUGUUCAUUGCAACAAAGUGUAGCUAAAAAGACAUUUAUUCUUGAUUUUCUUGAACGUUUUCGAACAAAACUAAAUCAAAGAAUUCUCAGUACUAAUUGGAUUAAAAUCAAACUAUCUGAUCAAGAAGAUAUUCGACAAAAAAUAGAGAAAGCUUGUUCUUCUACUGAAUGUCUUAUUGAAGACUUAAUUGAUCAAUUCAGAAAAAUCUUUAAAUUAAUUUUGGCAAUCAUUACCAUAUUCUACAUAUGUCCAAUAGCCACGAUCUUAAUUGGAAUUAUUUAUAUAUCUUCCUAUUAUUUCUAUUUACAUCAACAAAAUACCCAUUUACUCGAUCUUAAAAAAGAAAUCUCCGAAAAAUAUAACAAAUUAUAUUUAAAAUAUUUUCGUGCAAAAUCAAAUAUGUUUGAAUAUGUAAUUCAUCAUGAAAAAAAUAAAAUUAUUCACUUGACUAAUGAAUUAAAGAUUGAUAUGGACAAACAAUGGUUUUCUCUUACUUAUCUUUAUCAUUAUUUAUCAUUCAAAGAAGAUAUACUUGGUGAAUUAUGUAUAUUUACAACGAUUAUCGUUUAUUAUAUAUUAAAUGGAACUAGUACAUUUAUCAUUCCAUUGUAUCAUCAUCUAACAAAACUCACAUAUACUAUGCAUUCGAUACUUAUGUCAUAUAUUCGUUGGAUAAGGUUAAAAAAAGAUUAUGAUCUUGUUAGACCAAUACUUGAAGAAUAUGAUGAACGGAUGAAUGUUGAACAGAUCGAUUUACAAUAUGAAUUUCAAAUUGAAAAUCUUUCAUUUAAAUACAAAGGAAAACGAGAAGAAUUUCAUUUGCAAUAUAAUGGUUGUUUGAAUUUUAAAAUCGGAGAAUCAAUAUUGAUCACAGGAAAAAGUGGCGCAGGGAAAUCGACAUUCUAUGAUAUUAUCAAUGGUUCAAUUCCAAUGAGUGAUUAUUCUGCUAAAAUAAGAAUAGAUAACGAUCAAAAAUCGAUAACAACAACUGUUCACUCAAUUGAAAAAUGUCGUACAAUGGUUUUACAAGAUAGUAAUAUGGAUUAUCGAUCAUCGAUCUAUAGUAUGAUCACAGAUAUCGAUCAAGAUGAUUUAAAACAAAAAAGAACACCGGAAAUUGAUUCACUUGUAUGGGAAUUACUUCAUCUCGUUCAAAUCGAUGAAUUUAUUCAAAAUGAAUUGAAAAAUGAUUUAGAUCAACCAAUGGAAAAUAAACUCAGUGGCGGACAAAAAACAAGAUUAUUAUUAGCACGAGCUUUGUAUCGUGCUCAUAAUCGUAAUUCUUCACUAUUGAUUUUUGAUGAACCGGAUAAAGGUCUCCCUGCUGAGACUACAGUCACUAUUAUUAAUAAUAUUAUAAAAUGGUACCGAUCAAAGGGUAUUCUUUUUCUUACAUUACAUACUGAGCAAGCACAUUUACUCAACUUUGAUCAAAUUUUACACAUUGAUCAAGGAACGAUUACAAAAAUUAAAUAA